CUGCCCCCGCCGCGGGCGGCGCCGCGCGGGAAGCGGCAGCGCUUCGUGGACAAGAACGGGCGCUGCAACGUGCAGCACGGCAACCUGGGCGGCGAGACGAGCCGCUACCUGUCCGACCUCUUCACCACGCUCGUGGACCUCAAGUGGCGCUGGAACCUCUUCAUCUUCAUCCUCACCUACACCGUGGCCUGGCUCUUCAUGGCCUCCAUGUGGUGGGUCAUCGCCUACAUGCGCGGCGACCUCAACAAGGCGCACGACGACAGCUACACGCCCUGCGUGGCCAACGUCUACAACUUCCCCUCCGCCUUCCUCUUCUUCAUCGAGACCGAGGCCACCAUCGGCUAUGGGCACCGCUACAUCACCGAACGCUGCCCCGAGGGCAUCGUCCUCUUCCUCUUCCAGUCGCUUCUUGGCUCCGUUGUUGACGCCUUCCUCAUCGGCUGCAUGUUCAUCAAGAUGUCGCAGCCCAAGAAGCGCGCCGAGACGCUCAUGUUCAGCCGUGCCGCGGUGGUGUCCCAGCGCGAUGGCAAGCUCUGCCUCAUGUUCCGCGUGGGCAACCUCCGCAACAGCCACAUGGUGUCUGCCCAGAUCCGCUGCAAGCUCAUCAAGUCGCGACAGACGCCAGAGGGAGAAUUUCUGCCGCUAGAUCAGUGUGAAUUGGAUGUUGGAUUUGGAACUGGAGCUGACCAGUUGUUUUUAGUUUCCCCAUUAACCAUCUGUCAUGAAAUUGACUCAAGGAGCCCCUUUUUUUGCUUGUCAAAAAGAUCACUAAGAAGUGAGCAGUUUGAAAUAGUUGUCAUACUUGAAGGUAUUGUCGAGACUACAGGAAUGACCUGUCAAGCUAGGACAUCGUAUACAGAGGAUGAAGUUCUUUGGGGUCAUAGGUUCCUCCCAGUAAUUUCCCUGGAAGAUGGCUUUUUCCGUGUUGAUUACUCUCAAUUUCACGAUACAUUUGAAGUCCCCACUCCUCCUUAUAGCGUUAAAGAACAAGGAGAAAAUCUCUGUCUGUCACCUCUUCUGAAUAGUCCUAUCAGUGACAAAAAAAGCCCAACAGAACAGUUUUUCUCACUUGACGGCAUUGAUGUUGCAGGAGAAGAGAACAAGCUUCCCAGUAAACUUCUGAAAACUAGCUCAAGGAAGGAAGACCUUCCUACAAAGACCUUCAGGAUGAGUUCCAGCAAUGUAGAGAAGACUCACAGUGCUGGGGAUCUCUUGGAAAUUCCACAAGUCAGUCCCAUCUCCAACAGCGAGGCUCGUGAUGAGGUGAUGCAGCUGAAAGCCUUAAAAAUCAAUGCUGAGUCUUUGUCUACUGCACAUCUUGAGCUCCCAAAGAAGCCUCCAACUAUGUGCACUACAGAGAUGGAAUUGGGAGAUAAUUUGCCUGCCAAACUUUGAAAAAUGAACUAAGAUCACUUCUCUUAAGAGCAGAAGGAACAGGAGUUGGUGCCGAUAAACUGAAUUCAACGCUGCUGAUUUGAAGAGCUC